CUUAUGCGUUUACAAACUAAAACGCAUAAGUGUAAACGGGGCCUAAUACCCCAGAGCAGUUUAAUUAAAGACAUUUACAAAAAAAUUAAAAUAUUGCAAGGUUCAAGAAAAAAAUAAGUGUAGUCAUUUUUUGUUCAAACUUGAGUGGGUUUCUGAAAUAUAUUUCAGAAUAAAUGAUUGUGAAUGAUUUCCCAAGAAAAGAGAUGCUCUAAUGUCCAUCCCCUUUAAAAAGCCGUUCUCAUCCAUAUUCUAUAAUUCUCUCUGGUGCAACGUUUAUCAAAAGAUAUUUAUAGAGAAGAUCUUUAUUGCUUUAGUUUCCAAACCACAUGGUGUAAUAUCCUUUGUCUGAGAUUGGUCAAUAUAUGGGAAAUGAAAGACAUCAGGGUUGGUAGAUAAAAGUCUGGAAGAGGAUCAUAGUAUUUAAGUCUUUAAGCACUCAGAUCCUCUGUGUCAGCAACAUUAGUCAGUGCUGCUUCCUGUAGUUGCUCAGGGGUCUGACUCAGAGGUAUUAAAUUCAUCUAAAGCCUCUAUGCCCUGUGCAACCUGUGCAUCUGCCAGGCUGAGAGGACAUCGGCACCAUGCUCAAGCUUAAGGGCAGAAGGCAAAGCCUUUUUCCCAACUAUAAACUUGGGGUCACAGUCCCUGCUCCCAAAGAUCCAGAGGACUCUGACCUUCCUUUUGGUCAGCACAAUUGGGUUAAACCAUGGAAUUCGAUGCAGGAGUUAAGUAAGGAUAUUUACGACAUCUAUGCAGAGUACGAAGAUGAUGAAGAGGAUCGACUGUUCUCCACUCCUAGUAAACUGUCCUCUCCGGUUAAGAACUAUAUGCUCAACAUCAACGUAGGAGGCAAGGUCUAUCAGAUCUCUUACAGGGUAGCAGCAAAGUAUCCCAAGACCAGAAUUGGCCGUCUUGCAACAUAUACGGACCACAACAGGAAACUUGACCUCUGUGAUGAUUACACCGUCCACAACAAUGAGUUUUUCUUCGAUAGGGACCCAGACGUCUUCCACAACAUCUUUAACUUCUACAGGACUGGAGUUCUGUGGAUAAAAGAUGAACUGUGUCCACGCAAUUUUUUGGAGGAGAUCAACUAUUGGGGUGUUCGUAUCAAGAACACCCAUCGCUGCUGUCGAAUUUCAUUUGAGGAACGGCAGGAUGAGCUCAACGAACAGCUGAAGGUGCAGAGGGAACUUGAAGCAGAGGUGGAAACUGAGGAACAUGAGGACUUGUUUCAGGACAUGGCCUUUGGGCAUACGCGUUUCCUCAUUUGGAACAUGAUGGAGAAGCCCUUCUCGUCGAUCAUAGCCAAAAUCAUGGCAGUAGCUUCCAGUUUCUUCGUGCUGGUAUCACUUGUGGCAAUGACGCUCAACACGGUAGAGGAAAUGCAAUACAUAACAACCAAUGGACAACUAAGUGGAAAGACCUACUGUGAGUAUGUCGAGACUUUCUGUAUUGCAUUUUUCACCAUGGAAUACCUGCUCCGGCUUGUGUCCACGCCAGACCUCACACGCUUUGGGAGAAGUGUGUUGAAUGCUGUGGACCUGAUUGCAAUUCUUCCAUUGUACCUUCAAAUGGUUCUAGAGUCUUUUGAGAGUCAUGACUACUGGAAACAUGGUAGUGAUAUUGAGACAGUAGGACGGGUCGGUAAAUUGGGCCAAGUUCUCAGAAUCAUGCGUCUGAUGAGGAUAUUUCGUAUCCUUAAAUUAGCACGCCACUCUACUGGACUUCGAGCAUUCGGCUUCACGCUUCGGCAAUGUUACCAACAAGUGGGCUGUCUGUUCCUCUUCAUUGCAAUGGGAAUCUUAACAUUUUCGGCCAUGGUGUAUACCGUCGAGCAUGAUGUGCAUAAAACAAACUUCACCAGCAUUCCACAUGCAUGGUGGUGGGCAGCUGUGAGCAUCUCUACAGUGGGCUAUGGAGACAUGUUUCCAGAGACCCAUCUGGGCAGGAUUUUUGCAUUUGCAUGCAUCUCGUUUGGAAUUAUUCUCAACGGCAUGCCGAUCUCCAUUCUGUUCAAUAAAUUCUCAGACUACUAUUCAAAACUGAAAGCCUAUGAAUACACCUCCUCUAUAAAGAAUCGUGGGAAAGUGAGGUUUGUAAAAAGGGCUGCCAAGAGGUUUGCAGAAUGUUUUUAGAACGCCAUGAGCUGACCUACUCCAUCCUCCUACAGGCUGAUUUUUAAUUCAUGGACACGGCGGCCUGCCUUUCCAAAAAUUUGCACCAAACAGACCGCCUUAGUAUAACUGUCCUCACACAGACUAGUCAUUGCUGUUUGUAUAAAAACUCUGUCUCUUGUACUGCUGGGAUAAAAUUAUAUUUAGGAACUUUUGUAUUACUUAUUUUUUUAGGCAACUCUACCAGUGAUGGAUGCAGUUAUUAAAAACUCCUCUUGGAAUACA